UUUAUAGUUCUUUUUAUCUCUUGCAGGAUUUGAUGAUGAAAGGCCUAACUUGGACUCUUCGCUCUUACGCCUCCCGUUGUCAUGGCAACACAUGAAGUAAGCCCUCUCUCAACUGUUCCGUCCGAAACAUUCCAUCCAGCGACCUUUGCGAAGACAGCCGAAGAAAAGUCUUUUUACUAUUAUUUCGUGUCACCCAUGUCACACCUCUGUCAGCUGAUUUAUUGGAUCUUUAUACGAGAAAGUCCAAUAUUUGUCUUUUCCGGCUGAACAUCCAACGUGAGAUCAUUCCGUCCUUUACUGGUUCACCGAGAACAUUCAGUUGUAGGAAGAUUUUUUUUUCUUUCUGAGCUGGUAUUUUCUAAAAUGAUUUUGUUGUUGAUCUUUUAGAAGCGAUGUGUCAAACAUGUUUUUGGAUAGUUUGCGAACUGAACGGAUCGAAAUAUGUGUAGUUAAAUCCAUCCUGUUUGUUCGACUUAUCAAUGUUCCUAAAAAAGUGACUGCAAAUGCAAUUUUCGUUUGAAAAUGUGACUUGCUGAUCGUUUAACUGUGACAACGUGUGUUAGUGUUCCUGAUUAUUUUUUUUUAAGCUGUUUACAUGAACGAACCCUCUUAGUUGAAUGACCAUGGCCGAGCAUUCCGAGCUGAUUGUGGAGAUGAGUCAAAUUGAUAAAAUGAGCACGCAGGAGCGAUUGAAGCUGGCUAAGCGAAGACGCCUGCAACAGCUGAAGAAGUGGAGCCAGCGAGAGAAAGAAAGCAAUAAAAAAAGGACAGCAAAGACGGUGGUGCGAAAAAAUGAUUACAAGGUCCAUUUCGUGCCCAGUGUUAUGUUGCUCGAGGCAGCGGCCAGGAACGAUGUGGAUGAGGUGAAGCGGUUGUUGAUGUUGGGUGUAUCUCCAGAUUCCACCAAUGAAGAUGGUUUGACUGCCCUACAUCAGUGCUGUAUUGAUGACAGUGAAGAAAUGCUGAGGCUUCUCCUCGAAUUUGGUGCCAACGAGAAUGCAAAAGAUAGCGAGCAAUGGACUCCUCUUCAUGCUGCUGCUACUUGCGGACAUUUGCAUAUUGUGAAAUAUCUAAUAACCAAAGGAGCUGAUUUAUUGGCUGUGAAUGCUGAUGGAAAUAUGCCAUAUGACAUCUGUGAUGAUGAUUCAACCUUAGACUACAUUGAAAAUGAAAUGGCCAAGAAAGGUAUAACGCAAGAAAUGAUUGAUCAAACACGAGCGGCAACCGAGAACCGCAUGUUGGAAGACCUUAAAUAUUUAGUUUCUCAAGAGGAAUCUCUAAAUGCGAAGGACAAGAAUGGUGCAAGUUUUCUGCAUAUUGCUGCUGCCAAUGGUUAUCUAUCUGCUAUGGAGUUUCUUCUUGAAAACCAUGCAACCAUAGAUAUAUGUGAUGAUGAUCAGUGGCAACCCAUACAUGCAGCUGCCUGCUGGGGACAUCCUGAUGCUAUUGAAAUGCUUGUGCAAGCUGGAGCUGAUAUUAAUGCUAAAACAAAGAAUGGAGAAACACCAUAUGAAAUUUCAGAAGACAUCGAAGUAAGGGACAGGAUAAAUCAACUGAAAUAUGAAAUGGAGACAAAGAGAGGAUCACAAAGUAACAAGUUAAGGAGAACUCACAGCCAAAAUACUCGCAGUCAAUCCAUUCGAAGAACGAGCAUAAGGGACAAAGUCCAAAUUUCUCGGAGGGAAGCAAGAGAAGAAGCAAUGUUACGACAGGAGAAAGAAGGAAUUGUUCAAAUUAUAGAUGAUGAUCUCAUAAAAUGUUCUAUGGAAGCUCUAGACAAAAAUUCUCUGGUGGAUUCUGAUCUCGAUCCGACAGACAUCGACAUCACCUUCCUCCCGCUGGACGGAAAAGAUACGCUGCAGCGUUUCAGGGGCAAAUCUGCAUCCGAAGCUCUAGAACAAGGGGAACCUGUUAAACGUCCCAUCCCAGGCGACGCUACGAAUGACAAAACAGAGACUUGUGAAAUGGUCGGAAAAGAACGACCUCCCAAUAAUAGGUCUGAUUUGUAUACCGAAAAGUUGUCUCCGACUCAAACUAUGGUUGUGCAACAGAAGCCAGGACAGUCUGUGAAUGUCGAGAUUCAUGUCACUGUAAAUACCAGUCCUACCUACGGGUCUGGACUUGCAGACUUGAAAAAGCAGAGAAAUGACCAAAGAAGUAACUCUUUAGACAAUAAUGGAAAGUCUUUGUUACAAAAUGGCCAUUUCGCCAUCACCUCGUACGACCAACCGCCAUCUCCGAGUGUCCUUCCUCAAAAGUUCCGUGGAGAUCCGCUGGAAGUAGUUGGUGAAAAACGGAAGAAAAAAGGCUGUUGCCAUUUGAUGUAAAGUACUGAAAUAUUUUAUUAUUGUUGUAAUUAAAAAAAAUCAUGCAUUCCAUUUUGUAUGUUUGGAUCCUGAUGGUACAAUUUAAAUUGCUUUAGUAUUAAGAACUAUGUAUUUGUAAAUGUUUUCGACCCAAACUAUGUACUUUCACUUACCUUUUUUUAAAUAUUUUUAUAAUGAAAGGAAUAUUUUUCACUUGAAGAUCAUGUUUUUCUUAUUAUCUUUUUAAAUAUCUAAUUUGAAUACAAUAAAAAAUACCUUAUAACACGAAAAAUAAAUUUUUUUUAACUUCCAGAGCAAGAUUGGUAUUUUGUCCAAAAGAAAUAUAUAUUCUCCAGUACAUUAAACGAAACUGUAGAAUAAACUGAAAUUGAUCCUUGCACUUGUUUAACAAUAAAUAUUAUAAGAAUAACUUAAAUUGAAAAAAAUUAAACUUCAAAUGCACCAGAACGUUAGCUUUUCACAUCAUCUAAUUAUUUACGAUUUAUUUAUUUCAGUUUUAUUCAGAAUUUAAAAUCUAUAUAACAUAUUUAAGAAACGAUUCGAUUAUUAAAACUAAUAAUAAGAAUUCUAUGUGUGAUUUUUAGUGUAUGUUAGUAUGUGAUUGGUUAAAUUUAGUAGUAUUAAUAAAAUUUGAUUGUGAUAUUUUAACAGCUCUUUAUGCAAUUAUAAAAUAAGAU